AUGGCCAUCCUGUCGCGGUCUUCCCUCCGCUCUGUGCGACGGGCGCCCGAAGAACCUGCCGACGGUCUGGCACCGCCGACAAAGAAACCGCGCAUCGAAAAUGGCGACCGCAAGAGCUCCCCUGAUUGUCUCGACACCAAAGAUCCGACCUCGAAAUCCCGUACCUCCUUGAAACCCUCGCGCCCGCGCACCUCCAAUCGCACUCGUCGCGGCUCCUCUUCCUCCGUUGACACAGUCGCCUCCUCCGUCGGCCGAUUGACGACCCCAGCGACACGUACAAACGGAAAUGGGACCCUCAAGACCCCACGCGUCCGCCGUGACCCAGGAACUCCCUCCGGUGCAGAUUUGUUGCGCGGCGUGCAUGAGUCGCCAGAUCCAUUGGACACAAUCUCUCCGGCGCCCUCGGUCGCGAAGCAGCGCACUGUCACCCCGGCGAAUGUGGACUCUAAGGUCAAACCGCCCGUUUCGCCUGUGACCCGCACGACUCGUCGCAAUGAGAAUCGAUCGCUGGCCGACGUUGACGAGAACGCGAUCAAGGGAGAGGGUGCUGUGCAGGGCGCGACUCCGGCGCGAGAUACCAAGCGCGAUACGCCUGAUGAGCAGGCUGCGUCGGUAGAUACACGGUCGGGGAGACGGUCGUUGCGUUCGACCGAUACGGGAUCACGGUGCAAGAGUGAGCUUGCGCAGUAUUUCCACAACUAUGAACAGAUUAUCAGUCUGGAAGUCCCUGAACCUGAAUUCCUCGCCGCUAAAACAACUAUCACUCUCGUGGACGAUCUAUCGCGACCACUACCUUUCUGCUCAAACCCCGAACCUACACCCUUUGGUAACCCGCUACUGAAGCUCUACGACUGUGAAAAGAUCACCCUCCCAACACCCGCAUCGAAUACACCUGCAAUCGACCCACUGGGCGAGGAGACCUAUUUCCGUGCGCACCGCAAGUUCGAACGACAAGAGAAACAACUCCGAAACAUCGAGCGCAACCGCGCACAGCACGAACAGCAAGUCCUAGAGCGUCUCUUGGACGAGCUACGCGGCCAUGACUGGCUACGCAUUAUGGGACUGACGGGCGUUCACGAAAGCGACAAGAAGCUCUAUGAGCCGAAGCGUGAUAUCUUAAUCCAAGAGCUAGUCACUCUGGUCAACAAGUUCCAGGCAUGGAAAGACGAAGAGCGUCGCCGCAAACUGGAAAAGGAAAAAGCUCACCCGGUGCCAAGCACCGAGGCAGUACCCAAUGUCCCGCCCCAACAGCGCUCGCGCAAACGAUCCCGUCCAGCUGAAGACGUGCAUACCUCUCCGGUACCGGGGACUGAUCCACACAGCACGCCAGACGUAGACGCAGAGCCAGAUCCAGACCCAAGUGAUGUCGACGCCUUAGCUGCACGUCAGCUUCAUCAAGAAGCUCGCUCAGCUGGCGCUGCUAAAUCGCGCAAGACAACACCUGCUGCUCGCAAGUCUAUCUCCAAACCCGCCCCUAACACUAACACUGCCAACACUACCACUACCAACAUAAACACAAACGACCCCGAACCAACACCCACUCCCAAACACAAAAAACCCAACCCAACACCAACAAAGCCUCAACCUCAACCCCCAGCCCCAACCCAAAACUCAACCCAAAAGCCCGCCCCACGACUCCAACAAGCCUCCCUCUCCCACUUCUGGAACCCCGCCCCCCGCCCUGGCCCAUUCACAUCCUUCUUCCGCCAACGACACGUCCGCGAAGCAGCCAUCGCUGCAACAAAAGGUAUCCGCCGCGGCGGGUCCCGCUCAACCCUCGCAUUCGGAUAUCCGGUCCCUGAACAGGCGGAACAGGAAUUCGAACUAGCGCCGGAGAUUCUGAAUGAGGAUUCUAUUCAGCAGUCGCAAAGGAAAAGGAGGAGACUUAAGAGGCGGAGUUUGGGCGGUUGA